AGUGCAAGUAUGUACUAUACAGACUUGGAAGUUCCUCGAGUCCCGCUCUCUUCAAACGGUUAUUGAAAAAAAUGCUCAAUUUCAUGCCUUUCUCGUGACUUCAAAGGCAUCCAUGCUCUCGAUAUUCCGCACAAAAGGGCCUCUUUGUUAUUAAGAAUUGUCUUGGAUGAACUAAAUGCUUUUAAGACAAUGCCGGAGAGAACACGGUAAUGUGAAACUGUUUGCACCUUUCUCCCUCUCUCGUAGAAGACAAUAGUGCAACAAUUCCUCACCGUCCUUGAGAGUAGAUUAAACUUGCUUUGGCCAACAACGGAAAUGUGUCGUCUGACCAAAUUCGUGAUCUGGAUGGUGUUGUUUCUUCAGACUUGCUUCGCCCUCAUUAAUACCCACGUGCACGAGGAGGCCUACGAUGAUGAUGAUGAUUACUCUCUAGUUGAUUGGCCAUUCGAGCAACGAGUGAUUGGCGAAGCAACACCAUCAACUGCGGAUCUGGUCUCAUUUUCGCCCAAUUUACACAAGUUGCAUUUCGAUGAUACGACUUUAGAACCAGAAGCUGAAAGUGACGCUGAGUCUGAAACUCCAAAGAGCAUCCCAGAAGUGGAAAGUAGCUCACAGGCAUUUGAUGAUCCCUUGGGCACCUCCUUGUCACAGUCCCAAGAGGCCGGAUUAAGUUUGAGCGCAAUGGAUUCCGUGAUGAUUGGAGCUCUGGUAACCGAAUCAAUAACAACAGCCUUCAGGCUCUCUCCAAAUGAAACAGGACUUGAAGAAGACUCCAGUUUCGAAAGGCAUCAACCAUCGACAGAACCACCUCCAAGUCUUGAAAACACCAUUGUGGAACAACUGACUCCUGAUAAUCUAAAUACAGCAGUUAACACCAAUGUAGACGGGGAAGCGACUCCACCAAAAGUAGACCCAACCACGCUGAAUGAGGAGACGACAACCCCUCAGCUUUUGAUUGGAUUCCUUCCAGUACGGAGGCUUUAUAUUCCAAUAUCCGGCUUUAAAGAUGACGAUAUUCCGAAAAACUCAGUUCUGCAUGGGAUCCCACGACCAUAUUUCAACCCACACAAGGAACCUCAAAGGGACUUGGGAAAUCUGAAACCAAUUUCCAAUACCAAUGCACACGGACAUGUUGGAAUACCCGGGAAAGUUGGCCAGGCAGCACCAGCCAAGCCCUCGAAGCAUGGCAAGAAAUGGAACUUACACCCACGAGAUGAAGAAUAACUCGAUCGUCUGUUAAAUCAAAGUCCUCGAGAACCUACCAAACAUGAUUCAAGCCCUCAAAACCAACGACAUCAUCAGACUGUUAAGGAUAACGAUGCUAAGAUUGUUUUGCCCCGUGUUUGAAAGCGAUCUGUAAUUAAUCAUUCGGAGACAUUGACAACGACGGCCUUUUUCAGUGUAAAAGUCUCCCAACCUCUGUAAUACAAAAAAAAACUAA